GGAGGCCAUACACAAGAUCCGCUCGUUUGCCAAAUGAGUGGAUCUUAACCCGAUAUGCCCACCGGAGGCAGGGUGAUAUCGGAUUAAUCCGAUCGUUUGGCCCUAAAACAACCAAUUGGAUUACAACGAAGGAAAUGGGCACAGACGUGUCGUAAGACCGCAUCAACGAGCAAAGCAGGUAAUCAAACCUGCCUGAUCGAUAUCUGGCCUGAUAUCGAUCUGCAAAACUGGUUGGAAGCCCCCAAACAAGGGCAGAUAAAUUGCCGAAUUUUUCUAAAAGGAACAAUAACGACAUCUUUAAUCUGCCCAUGAACGGCCAUCUUAACUACUAUAUACAGGAAUGACAACUACAGCUGUGAUAGGAGACCGAAGUUCUUCAUUUUUCCAUGCUUGGACCUGGGUAAUGGGGGGCCUAAUUUAAAGCUAAAAGGGUGGUUUCUUGUCAUCAGGUAACCAGCCAAACACAGAAGACUAAUGGAAGGAUUUAACCAUGGAACGGACACCACUGCCUCUGGGUAUUCUUACAUACAUUAUUUCAAGAUAUCAUAAAAUGGAAAUACGUUUUAUAAAAGGCAACGACUGGAACAUUAUCAAACAAUCAAAACAGGUAACCGCUGAAGGACAGAACAGUCCGGCAUUAUUAGAUCAAGAUGAGGACACGGCAGUCCUGACUGACAAUGGAAAGAAUGAAGUAAAAAGCGCGAGAGACACGGGGAUAUUCGCCUAAAAUGGAGGCCGAGGUAAAACUGCGCCAUUCCGUCUGGCCCGAAGCCAAAACCAGGCGCCAUGUUAGACGCUUCCUCUCAACAGCACGAAACGCUUCAGUUCCACGAAUACAACAUAAACACACGAAGCCAUUACAGAAAAAGCAUUCACUCCCAACACAUCCCUCUACUAAAUAAAAAAAAAAAAAAUCUGAAGCGAAUUAAACAAGUCCGUCAUUGCAGAGGCCGAGAGACAUAAAACCGAUUAAAAAACCCAAAAAACACUAAUGAAGGACAAAAAUAAAAGCCAAUAAAACACUAGUAUAUCUGGAUUAGAAAAAUAAUAUAUAUUCUCCGCCAUUGGCCUCGCGUCUCCACAGGACUAUUCGCUUCGAAGAAACUCUGAGGUAAAAAAACUGAUUAAAAAAAAAAAAAGGCGCCAAAGCUAAUCCGAAGCUAAACGCGCGCCUUCCAGUCUCUUUCUCCUCAGGCAGCGGCGCAUGGAGCUCAUGUGAAGGAUCCAGCAGCCCCAAUGGCGGAGAGAACUCGGGGCCGCUCCUGUCAACAACAGCCUCCAUUCCUCAGCACCGCGGCCGAAGAGAUGAGCUUAAAACGGAAAUGGCUCCAAGCAACUGAUCUACCUAAAGAAGUUUAUCAGCAUCUGGCCUACUAUGUACCCAAAAUUUACUGUCAAGGCUCCAACCCCACUCCAGAAAAUGAGGACAUGGUGGUCCAGCACGUUCUCUUGGGCCCCAUGGAGUGGUAUCUAUGUGGAGAAGACCCUGUGAUUGGAUUUCCAAAGCUUAAACAAGCAAACAAGCCAUCUCAGCUGUGUGGCCGGGUAUUUAAAGUUGGAGAGCCAACAUAUUCAUGCAGGGACUGUGCAGUUGACCCAACAUGUGUUUUAUGCAUGGAGUGUUUUUUAGGAAGUACUCAUAGAGAGCACCGCUAUCGGAUGACCACAUCAGGGGGUGGAGGAUUCUGUGACUGCGGAGAUGCUGAAGCAUGGAAAGGAGGACCAUACUGCCAGAAACAUGCACUUAACAUCUCUGAAAGUGAGACAGAGGACCCACUAAUUCAUUUGUCAGAAGAUAUGAUCGCACGAGCAUAUAAUAUGUUUGCCACUAUGUUUCGCUACGCAGUGGAAAUUCUGACCUGGGAGAAGGAGAAUGAGCUGCCUGCUGGGUUAGAGUGUUUGAAGAAAGAUGAUACCUAUUACUGCAUGCUUUUUAACGAUGAAGUACACACAUAUGAGCAGGUCAUAUACACUCUUCAAAAAGCUGUUAGCUGCAGCCAGAAGGAAGCCAUCAGUUUUGCAACAACAGUGGACAGGGAUGGGCGGAGAUCAGUUCGAAACGGGGAUUUCCAGUCUUGCGAGCAAGCAAAGUCGGUCAUAGUGAGGAACACCAGUCGACAAACAAAACCUCUUAAAGUGCAGGUCAUGCAUUCUGCUAUUGUUGCACACCAGACAUUUGGGUUAAAACUCAUCAGCUGGCUCGGCCAAGUUAUUGGGUCUUCAGGUGGACUUCGACGCAUUCUUUGCCAGGUUGGUUUACAAGAAGGCCCAGAGGGGGAAAACUCUUCUCUUGUAGAUAGACUAAUGUUGUCUGACUCAAAACUCUGGAAAGGUGCUAGAAACUGCUAUCACCAACUUUUUAUGAGCAGUCUACUUAUGGAUUUAAAGUACAAGAAGCUUUUUGCCAUCCGCUUUGCAAACAAUUACCAGCAGUUGCAGAGAGAUUUUAUGGAGGAUGAUCACGAGCGAGCAGUAUCGGUGGCUGCUCUGUCUGUUCAGCUCUUCACUGUACCCACUCUGGCUCGGAUGCUGAUCACAGAGGAGAAUAUGAUGACAACCGUAAUAAAGACAUUUAUGGACAACUUGAGAACACGGGAUAUUCAGGGCAGAUUUCAGUUUGAACGCUAUACCGCUCUGCAAGCUUUCAAGUUUAGGAGAGUCCAGAGCCUAAUUUUGGAUCUGAAGUAUGUGCUGAUAAGCAAGCCAUUGGAGUGGACAGAUGCUCUACGUUGCAAAUACCUAGAGGGGUUUGAUGUCUUCCUUGAAUUGCUAAAAUGCAUGCAGGGAAUGGACCCAAUAACACGCCAGGUUGGGCAGCAUAUUGAGAUGGAGCCUGAGUGGGAGGCAGCUUUCACUUUGCAGAUGAAACUCACACACAUCAUUUCAAUGAUUCAAGACUGGUGUUCCUGUGAUGAACAAGUCCUCAUUGAAGCGUAUAAGAAGUGCCUUAUUGUCUUGAUGCAGUGCCAUAGUGGUUUUACUGAUGGGGAGCAACCUAUUACUCUUAGUAUAUCUGGCCAUUCAGUAGAGACUAUACGAUACUGUAUUUCUCAGGAGAAAGUUAGCAUUCACCUGCCUGUUUCACGCUUGCUUGCAGGGCUACAUGCCUUGCUGAGUAAAAGCGAAGUAGCAUACAGGUUUCCAGAGCAGCUUCCCUUUAGUGAACUGAGCCCACCGAUGCUUAUAGAGCAUCCUCUCCGCAGUUUGGUGUUAUGUGCGCAAGUUCAUGCCGGGAUGUGGAGAAGGAAUGGCUUUUCAUUAGUAAAUCAGAUUUAUUAUUAUCACAACGUAAAAUGUCGAAAAGAGAUGUUUGACAAGGAUAUUGUGAUGCUUCAGGCUGGAGCAUCUAUGAUGGACCCAAAUCAUUUUCUAAUGAUUGUGUUGAGCCGUUUUGAACUUUAUCAGAUUUUCAGCACUCCAGAUUACGGCAAGAGAUUCCGGAAAGAAAGCACGCAUAAGGAUAUAAUACAACAAAAUAACACACUCAUUGAAGAAAUGCUACACCUAAUCAUCAUGAUUGUCGGGGAAAGAUUUUGUCCUGGAGUGGGACAAGUCAGUGCAACGGAUGUGAUAAAACGUGAAAUUAUCCAUCAGUUGAGCAUCAAACCAAUGGCCCACAGUGAGCUAGUCAAGGCUUUGCCAGAGGAUGAGAAUAAGGAAACCGGAAUGGAGACUGUGAUUGGAACUAUUGCUUCAUUUAAAAAACCAGGCUUAACAGGACGAGGCCUGUAUGAACUGAAGCCUGAAUGUACCAAGGAUUUCAACCUGUUUUACUUUCACUUCUCAAGGGCUGAACAGUCCAAGGCAGAGGAAGCACAGCGCAAACUGAAGAGACAGAUUGGUGAAGAUUCAGCUCUCCCUCCACCGGUGCUGCCUCCAUUCUGUCCGCUAUUUGCUAGUUUGAUAAACAUCCUUCAAUCAGAUGUCAUGCUGUGUAUCAUGGGAACUGUGUUACAGUGGGCAGUAGAGCCAAAUGGAUACGCGUGGUCGGAAUCCAUGCUUCAGAGGGUUUUGCAUUUGAUUGGGAUGGCAUUACAAGAAGAGCAUCAGCACUUGCAGAAUAUUUGUGAGGACAACAUUGUCACCUUCAAUUUCACUGAAAAAAUCUCAAGGCCUGGGGAAGUCCCAAAUGCAUCACCAAGCAUCUUGGCUAUGUUGGAAACACUGCAAAAUGCAGCACACUUGGAAGUGCAUAAGGAUAUGAUACGCUGGAUACUGAAGAUGUUCAGUAGUAUUAAGAAUAUCAGAGAGAAUCCAUCUACAAGCCCUAUUGUUGAAACAGAAGGCAGUGUUUUGGCGGAGAAUACACGGGAUAAAGACAAAGCAGAGAGGAAAAGGAAAGCGGAGAUUGCCAGGCUCCGCAGAGAAAAGAUUAUGGCCCAAAUGUCAGAAAUGCAGCGACAUUUCAUUGAUGAAAAUAGGGAACUUUUCCAGCAGACAACAGAUGAACUGAAUGCAUCCACCUCCACUGCAUAUGAUCACAGCUGUCAUACAAUGAUGGACAGCAAACUUGUCGCUUUGGGGCCUCACCAAACCCGAGUCAGUGAACCAAGGCAGCUAGUUACUUGUAUCCUGUGUCAAGAAGAACAAGCUUUUACAGUGGACAAUAAAGCCAUGGUUCUUGCAGCUUUUAUCCAGAGAUCGACGGUAUUCUCUAAGAACAGGAGCAGAGUCAUUACAGAUCCAGAAAAGCAUGACCCGCUGUGCAUGCACCCAGACUUGGCAUGUGGCACCCACACAGGAAGCUGUGGACAUAUAAUGCACGCUCACUGCUGGCAGAGGUACUUUGAUGCGGUGCAAGCCAAGGAGCAGAGAAGACAGCAGCGCUUACGGGUACAUACGAGCUAUGAUGUGGAAAAUGGGGAAUUUCUCUGCCCCCUCUGUGAGUGUUUAAGUAACACUGUCAUCCCUAUGCUUCCACCACCGAGAAGUUUAUACCACAGGUUAGAUUUCUCAGAUCAGCCUAAUUUAGCAGAAUGGCUUAGCACUACGUCUCAACAACUCAAAGCAUUGCACGCAGCAAAAAGCAAUUCAGCUGGCUCAGAUUCUGAGAUGCCCGCACAGGUGGAGAUUCCUGAAGGAUUCCGGCCUGAUUUCCAACCUAAAAAUCCAUACUCAGACAGCAUCAGGGAGAUGCUGACAACAUUCGGCACAGCAACAUAUAAGGUCGGGCUGAAGGUGCAUCCUAAUGAGCAGGAUCCACGAGUCCCAAUUAUGUGCUGGGGAAGCUGCGCAUACACAAUACAAACGAUUGAACGGAUUUUGGCAGAUGAAGAGAGGCCGUUGUUUGGAAACUUGCCAUGCAGACAGGAUGACUGCCUAAAAUCACUGACCAGAUUUUCUGCAGCACAUUGGACGGUGGGAAUGCUUCCUGUUGUGGAAAAACACUUUGGUCGUCUGUUUGAAACAAUUGUGCCUAAUGAUGACACAGAGAAUUCCCCUUGUAUACUUGAUAUCGAUAUGUUUCAUUUACUGGUCAGCUUGGUGGUUUCGUUCCCAGCUUUACAGUGCCAGGACUUUUCAGGGAACAGCCUUGGUACGGGAGACCUCCAUCUUUUCCAUCUGGUGACCAUGGCACACAUUGUGCAGUUAGUGCUCUCCUCCUCCACAGAAGAGGAUGGUAUGGACCAAGAAUCCACUGACGGAAAAGAAGAACAGGCAGUGAUGUCUUUGUAUAGGACCAUCUGUCAGUGCAGUGGAAGCACAAUGAAAGAAUUGUCCUCUGGCUGGCAUCUAUGCAGAGCAAUUAAGACAUCAAUCAUGCCGUACCUGAGGUGUGCUGCAUUGUUUUUCCACUAUUUAAAUGGUGUCCCAGCACCUUCGGAGUCCCUCGUGAGUGGUAUGAGCCAGUUUGAUUGUCUCUGUAGUUAUCUUUCUUUGCCAACCAACUUGGUCUGCCUCUUUCAAGAAAAUUCUAAAGUAAUGGAGACUUUAAUAAAUAGGUGGUGUAACCAUUCAGAGGUGAAAAGGUUUCUGAAUGGGGAACGGAUUACUAUCAGCUAUCCAAGGGAAUCAAACAAGCUUAUAGAUCUCCCAGAGGAUUACAGCAGCCUGAUUAAUCAAGCGUCUAAUUUCACGUGCCCUAAAUCUGGUGGAGAUAAAAGCAGGGCCCCUACACUAUGUCUGGUGUGUGGAACCAUGCUGUGCUCCCAGAGUUACUGCUGUCAGACGGAACUAGAUGGGGACGAUGUGGGGGCGUGCACUGCCCAUACCUACACAUGCGGAUCUGGCAUGGGCAUUUUCCUCCGAGUCCGAGAAUGUCAAGUUCUCUUUUUGGCUGGGAAAACAAAGGGCUGUUUCUAUGCUCCUCCUUACUUAGAUGACUAUGGAGAGACCGAUCAAGGCCUCCGACGUGGGAACCCCUUGCACCUCUGUAAGGAGCGUUACAAAAAGAUCCAGAAGCUCUGGCAGCAGCACAGUAUUACCGAGGAAAUUGGCCAUGCCCAAGAAGCAAAUCAGACUCUGACUGGCAUUGAGUGGCAGCAUUUAUAAUUCAGACUUUAUUUUUUUUAUUUUUUAGCAGUCCAUUUUUCUAACGCAACAAAAAAAAAACAAAAAACAAAACUGUGACCGCAAAACAGAUGCAGAUCUUUAAUUUAUAUUUCACUGCCUAGUUUAUCCAAUAAAAGCGAAGUGUUUCUUAGUGACACCUUAAACUGCAAAUUCCAUACUUAACCAUAUACUUCUUCUGUGCUUCCUAUACAAACCACAAUGUAGCUAAGGCUUCAGCGAAUAGAUAGCAUGGGGUGUGAAUUCAGCAUAACAUAUUAGUUUUAACUGAAGGGGGGGCAGCCCUUUCAUUCAGUUGCAAAAACAGGGCAAUUCUUUAGUUAUAGGCUAGUUUUAUCUUCUAAACGCUUGUUUGACAAAAGGCUUUGAACUUUAAACUACUCCACCCAGUGUACCCCAUGUACAGACAGAUAUAAGCUGCUGGUUCUGGCACCCCAUUGUGACAGCCUGUGCUCCCUUCAGUCUCACCAUUCAUUUUUCUUUAGUCCAGGUUUGGGCAGAUAAUCUGUCCAGGGUGGAUUAAAGCAGCAUUUUGCAGUGAACGAGGCUUAAGGGUCUGCAUAUGUGCCCAAUUGUGAUGGUCAUUGAGAUAACAAUCGCUUGGAAGACUUGCCAACAAGUGGAUCUGUCUCUUGUAAGCUUUAAGUGUGGAGCAGUUAACAAUUAACUUUCAUUUGCGGCCAAGUUGCAUCUCAUCUGAUUUCGUUGUGACCAACUUUAUUAAACAGAUUUAUUGACUUAAGGUUUUAAACAAAAAGAGAAUGUAGUGAUGAAACAUUAUAGUCUAUUAUUUCAGUGCAGUCUGUCUAUGAAAACAAAAACUGGCUUCUUUUGACAUCCACUUGACGGUGCCUAAAAGCACUUUCAGUUCACUUUAAUGGUGGUGCGGUUUACCAUGCCUAACCUGCCCCCCCCCCAACCCAAACAAAGCGCCAUUAUUACUUUUAUACCUGCCUCCACCCCUUCUCUGCCAUCAUUUGAACAGAACACGGAGGCACAAGUAUAUCAAUAAGCGACGGCUGAUGGAAGGAGAAGGUGUUAAUAUUGCAGACAGGGAGGUCUAUGGAUAGGGUUUUGCCCACAACCUGUUAAAAAUUUGUUGCAUGGAUCCAAACCCGUCUGAGCAAUGGGUCCUUCAGCUAGCCCAGGCAACAGCAGGUUGAGGAGAUUGCUGUUAAAGUGAAUGGAAAUUGAUUGUGGACAUUUUUGAGAUUGCCAUUGUUGCUCCUGAACACAAGGGAGACAAAAUGCCCAUUACUGCUCCACCUGUAUCACCUGUAUCAGAAGUUAGCUGAGAAGUCUCUAUAAUCUACAGAGAAAAUAAUGUUCUCCUUCAAUAACAUCUGUGAUACCCAACAGGGACCCGUAGCCUGGUGCUCAGUGCUGGAGGGGUUGGCUCUGUCAUAUACAAGGUACACAGGUACAGAAGAACACGUGAGUGCAGGGACAAACAUUUACCUUUCCUGCUGUGCCACUGUACCUGUCUGGGCUAGCCAUCUUUAAGGUUAGUAGUAUAGGCUUUAAUCUAUGAAUCAUUGCAUGAGGGGUUUUGUGUGUGCCCAAUAUAUUCCCUUCAAAUUCUUCCUUUCCAGGAAAGAGUCACAGUGGAAGAUUUAGAGGAUCGUAAGUUUGGUAUCCAAACCACAGUUUUUAUUGGUGUUGGCACCUUUACAAUCAAUUUCCCACCUCCGUGGCCAUACAUUGAUUUAAUGUUCAUAUCUGCCUGUUUAUGUGGUUGGUUGGCUUUGCGUCUUGAAAUAUAUAGAGCUGUAGUAUGGGCUGUGAACAUUAGGUUUUUCUUCUUUUCCAGAUAAGAUAAUAAGGGCUCCCAUAAGCAUUGAAUAAUGAACUGUAGGAAGUUGAUGCUUUGUAAUAUAUUUCCCAAUGUUCGGCUUCACUGGCCCUUUACAGAACUAAGGAUUUGAAUACCCUCGCCAGCUGUCAGGCAGUGAGAAGCGGACGUCUUGAACUUGAUUCUUUUUAGCAUGACUCUAAAUGAUGGUGUGGUUUAUUCCAAGAUUAAUAGAUACUUGGCUUGAAGAGAAUUUGGACUUGAGCCAGGUGACAUUUUAUCACUUCAGAGAAAAUCAUUGUAGGCCUCUGCGCCCCUCUAAACCUUGAUGAUUCACAUUGAAAUGUGGAAAAUAUGCUUAAAUCAGGAUUCCCAAUAGGCCCUUAACACUAGUGGACUCCCAGCAAGUAACUGUUUUUUGUUUCUUUAUCGUUAUGCCGGAAUUCUAUGUUGUUUCCCUUUGUGCCUCUGUGACUGAGGGUUCCCAUGUAGGGAUUGGAUUCCUCUAACUCCAGUUGUACAAAGGAGGCUUUCCCUGAAACAGGAUCAUUAUGCCGCUGGCUACUGGGUAGUCGUAACGAUAAAAACAGGGUCACUUUUCGUUCAUCGCAUCAUCCCUAAAUCAACCUGCUGCCCGCCCCCCUUUUCUAUGAAUCUUUGUUCAACGAUUUCCCCCUUUCUGUCUAAUUUGGAAUCAUUGUAGUCGUGUCGUCAAAGAUUCAUAUGAGUCUUCUGCAUUUUAGACGUUCGGUGCUGUGACUAUCUCAGACUGAUUGACUUGGCAGAAUCUUCCUUUGUACAUGGAUUUAUAGGAAUCAUUCACCGGCCGUGCCCAGAAGGCAUCACUCCCAGUACCGAAAGGGUCAGGGUCGCCCACCCCCCCCCCUCCUCUGACUCCUCCCGAUCUCUCCUUCAUUUAUUCCAUGUAAUAUUUCUUAGCAUGUAUUUAUGUUUAUUGUAGAAAUGUUUAUGUACAAAUAUUUGAAUGGAAUUCUAUUUGGGGAAAAAAAGGGUUUUACUCCAUCUUUAAUAUACAUGAAAUUCUUGUAAUAUUUGAAUGUAACAUAUGUAUAAAAAUACACAACUUAUCAAUAAAUGCUUUAGCCGUC